UGCUGUAAUAUAUAUGCGUGUUCGUGUGUGUGUGUGUGUGUGUGUGUGUGUGUACAUAAGUGGCUGUUUAUUAGUGCCAGAAAAAAAAUAAAAUAAAUAAAAAAUAACACUAUGAUAAAAACUUUGGGUUGAUAUUUCCUUAAGAAAGCGGUGUAGUGAUCUGGCUGUGUGAUGAGAUAUGAGAGGUGGACAUGAACGGCAGGAACAAGAUCGCAUUACACCUCACCAUCCAUUCACCUACAUUGAUGUGAGAUUUGAACUUGCUGGCAUUUUGAGUUAGCAUCGUAUUGAAAUGAAUUACUGAGGACCUCAGCCUUUGUUGCACUACCAGCUCUCAAGAUGUCAUCCAGCUUGGUGGUCCUCCAGGCAAGUGAUCUCCAGCAACUAAAUUUCCUGCAUCAAGAAAGCACAAGACUGAAGAUAGUGUGCUUUGAUCUAAGCCCAUCAUUUAUUCUGCUUGGGGCCAAUAGUGGCACUAUAUAUGUGCUGGAUCAUGAGACACUCCACCUCAAGAAACAGAUCCCAGCAGGGAAUGGGUGUGUGAUGCAGCUUAGCAUUUCACCUGAUGAGCAGCAAGUGGCCUGUGCUCUUAGUUGUGGAAUGGUCAUGGUGUUUGAGCUGCAGCAGGCCAACACACAACUGUUGACAUCUUCCUUGGAACACCGUGGACGAGAGGUCACCACAUUAAUCUGGGCAUUUUGUCAGCCUGAACUCUACAUUGGUGAUGCCAGUGGCCGUGUCACUAUGCUCUAUGCAUCCAAAAGCAAGACUGCUUCCCUGUUCAGAAGCUCUUCCCUCCAUCUCAUGACCCUGGAGUCAAGCAUUAUUCAGUUGGACUAUCAAGAGGGCUACUUGCUGGUGUCCACUCUUACCCAUUCCUAUGUGUGCAACACCAACUCAGAGACCUUCAGUCAGGUGGGCACCAAACUCAGACAGGGGGAGUAUGGAAGCUGUUUUUGCCAAGUGAACCACAGUGGGAUGUCCUCUUCACACACAGAAACCUCGGAAGGAGUAGAGGAACUAAAGGCUUCUUUGACGUCUUCCACAGAGAAGUUUGGUCUUUCAGAUUGUUAUGAAGCUAAGGAAGAAGAACAGGCAUAUCACAAUUGUGACUUGAGAAAAAACAGGCCAAGUAGGACAGCAUCACCAAUGCUCAUGUCCCAUGUAUUUUGUGCUCGUCCUGGUACAAGAAUAUGGGAAGCUGAUUACUCUGGAAAGGUACUUGUUACUCACCAAUUAAAGAGUGCCCUUAUUAUACCCCCAGCAGAGGUGCUCCUCACAGAUGGCUCAUUUAAAGAAAAAGAACUUCUAGAGGAGAUAAGUCUCCUGCCAGAGACUUUGUGUCCCACAGAUAAAACUAGGGAAAAAUUAACUGGCCAUGAACUAGCUAUGAGCACCCCUGUUAAGGCCACUCAUCCUCCUGUUAGUGUGGCCUUCACUAAGAUGAUGAGCUUCUACAAUAAAUAUCUUCUUGCCAUAUCUGCCUAUGGCUUAUACAUAAUUGAUCCAGCUAUCUCCAAGAUACUUAUAUGGAUUAGUGUGUCUGAAGGUAUCACAGAUGUCAAAGUGUCUGGAAAUUCUCUCAUCUAUAAAUCAGGCAGUGGUUGCAUCCAAAAUUUCAUGAUAACAACUGUGGACAUUGCAAUUUUGGUUCUACACUCACGGAAACUCUUUCUGGAAUGUACUUCUUUGUGUUUGAAAUAUAAAGAUAUAUUUACAAAGUCUGAAUUGCUGUCUCGCUUAGGGGCAAAAAUAUUGACAGAUCUCUGUAACAAUAUUACAUCUGGUAUAAUUAAGGAAAAAAUUAAAGGCUUAAGACUUUUUAUUGGCAUAAAUAAAGAGAGGAACCACACCAUGAAUUUGACAAAAGUUUCAGGUGUUACAUACAUAAAGAAUAAAAGCUUUGAGGCUGAAGAAAUAAAAGCCAAUUUAAAUGUUGCACUGAAAAAGAAUAAUUCAUUUUCUUUCAAUAUGACAGUUGCAAGAUGGAAUAGUGAACCCUAUCUUGGAGGAAGUAAAAAAGAAUGGGAACAGUCGUCACUUGCCCAAGGCACUCUGUCCAAGGAAAGCAUCCCCAUGCAACAAGAGGGGAAAAAUAUGCCAAAUAAUCCAACAUCAGUACAUCUCCAUGAAAUACCAGAUUAUUCAACCAGUGUAGAUACCCUGCCAUCUGGAUCUUCAGAGAAGUGCAUAGUUGAUUUCUGUUCAACAUCACAGAAAUUUUCAUCAAGCUCAAGACCUGAUCUGGAGAAUAUCACUACUCCCACCUCAGACUCCUAUUCCCCACAGUCAGAUGCUUUAUCUUCUCAAAAGAGCCUAGACAGCUCCACAGAGAUGAUUGAGGAUCCCCUGUUCACCCCUAAUGACAGUCCUUCUCCUGAUCAAGAAGCUGUAUCACGGAUGUUCCCGGAAAGGCAUCCUCCAACAGCCCUUAAUUAUGCCUCUCAUAAUUUCUACAAUCUGGCUUAUGCCCCUAUCCAUCCUGGUUCUGAAGCUGCUACUCUUCUGCAAGACUUGAUGGAGAAUGUCACCACUAAUGUUGUGGACACCUUUGCAUCUGGAACCCGAACUCUCACAGAGCGACUGAAGAGUGUGGUACCACUAGUGUCUCCACAGAAGGGUGCUGAGGGAGUAGUGUCAGGGUUUGAAAGGACAGGGAAUCAUCCUAGUAAUGGUCCAAAUGACUAUCCCAUUCUCACUCCCUUGAAGAACACUGAUGUCAGUGAUGACCCCCCAGCUGACAUUGUCAUCCACACAAAGUCCAGAAAGAAGCAGCCUCAGAAGCAGUUAUCAGUUGUAUCUGCCAGUGGUAGCUCUGAGGUAGACUUGGAAGAGACAGCGUCUCGACCAGAGCUUCCAGGUGUAGUGAAAAAUUUGCAUGAGCUAGUUUGCACCACAAUGCAGCAGAUGAUCAGUACCACAAACUCAGAGGAAGCACACAACUUGCUUGCUCAUUGGUUUGAAGUGUUCUGCCACACUGUACAGGAGAUGCAGCAUGAUAGUACAUAUUCAUCACAAACAGUAAGUGAAGACCAGACUGGAGAGGGGCCAGUUUCCCUCUCCUCCAUUGAGUCAUCACACUCACUGGGCAGUGCAGAUACUUCCAGUGACUCCCUCCACUGGGACUCCAGUGACAUUGGCUUUGAGCCAUCAUCUCUGAGUCUUGAUAUCCUGGAGAAGAUUUCAGGCCUGUUCCUAGAGAGCCUGCAAGCUGGGGUAACUGUCAACAACUUUCAACUUUCUUUGGUGACUGCCCAAAAGGCAGAUUUCCCACAGCAUCCCAUGACACCUUCAGAAGUGAGAAGAUGUGAUGCAUUGUAUGCUCAGGUUAUAGCCAGUGACUGUGGGCUACUGCAGUACUCACAUAUCCUAAAUGCACUCGAGUCCUUAGGUCAUCAUUAUUAUCUCCUGACUUGGGCUGCCCUAAUGGAAAAGAUUACCAAGAACAGCAACACACUUAGCCAGCCACUACCAGACAUCAUCCCUGAUCUAGAAUUCACCCGAGCACAGUGGGUGUCCAUCUUGCACAGUGUGGCUUCUUCUAGUAGCACCAAGAAUCUCAUCACCACAGCAGCUCAGUUUGAGAGUCCUAUUGUAAUUCAAGAUGUGAUUUUCCUCCUCCAGUACAUGACCACUCAUCCAGUACAGAUGAACUGCACCAUCACCAAAACCCAAAUCCCUAAGCUGUUAUUACAAUAUUUGAUUGAGUUCUCUUACCACAGGAGUCCAACAAAGGCAUAUCUAGACUCCUGGUGUCAUUAUUCAGAACUGCAAGGUGAUAUUCUUUGUGCCUUAUUGAGUAUGACCAAUGUAGGUCCUUCACAUUUCUCCUGCAAAUGCGGAAUGCCAGUACCUUGUAGAAGACAUGUGGCCUUGGAGGCACUUGAAGAAACAGUGUUACUUCAUGAUAUUUUAGAUCCAAAAGGUUUGGCAGAAAUGUGCCAAAGCCUUGGCUACUGGAAGGGAUACUGUAUCAUAACCCUUGCUUAUUGUCUACAGCCUCAUAUUCAGCUCUUCCCAUACAUUUUGCAGACCUGUGAUGCAGAUCUUCUGAAUAACUUUUUAGAAGUACUACAUCAUAAUGAUUUUGGAAUGGCUUUCAGAACCAUAGCAAGAAUUACCAGUAAAGAAACCUCCAUUAUGCUCUGCUUUGAUUGUCAAAGUAAAAUUCCCUUCCCUGAAAAGAAAAUUAUUAUUGAAGACAACAGGGCAGUAUUUAAUCAUAAAGUGAAAGUGAAUGGCAACUCCAGCUUAACAGAAAAUCUUAAUGAAUCUUGCCUAAUGGAGGUAAGCAGCAAAAGGCUCACCAAUGACCAGAUGCCAGUCCAGGAUGGUAUCAGAAGCAUAAAUCAUCUGUGGGAGGUGGUGGUUGCAAAAGUAUUGCGCAGAUCAAGUGCAGCUAACACCCUCAGGCUACUGACCAGUGUGCAGGACACAAUUCCUCCUGGAAUAAUUUCCAAAAGGGUAUUCAACUGGUGCAUCCUGGCCUCCUUGGCAGAGCAGCGUGGUUCUGCAGCUUCAUGGGCUUUACUGGAUUCCCUCUGUGGUGACAAGACCAAACUCUACUCCCACAAGGUGUUUCAAGCUAUUCAUCGCCGUCCUUUACUGAAGUACCAUAGAAACCAGACAGAUAUGUCUUCCAAGUCCCUAUGCUGGGACUUUCCUGAUACAACGCAGAAUGGUAUCCCCCAACCUCCAACUAAUAUCACACCUAAGGAUCCAAGACACCCUGUACCACUAGGCCACCACUGGGGAGUGUGGACAGAGGUGCUGGAAGGUGUGUGUUCAUGCUGCCGUCUUCGGUUGUCCACUGAGGCUUUAGUGAGUGAGGGUGGCAUCACAGUGUUUUCGUGCAGCCAUGCCUUUCAUACCAUCUGCCUUUCCUACCGGGGGUAUCAGUGUGUUUGUUGUGCUCAACUACAACCAUCCAAAGCAGCCUAUUGAUACACUACUUGAGUGUGCCUUGUUAUUACCAUCUAGUAUAGUACAUCUUCACAAUCUCUUAUCCAAAACCUUGGUAUCAGACACUUUUCAGAUUUCUGAAUUUUUUGGAUUUCAGAAUGGAAGAUUUUUAGCGUAGAUUUUAACAUUUUAUAGAUAAAACAUUACAGGGGACCAGAUGGAUCAGUGGCAGAGUGCUCACUCAUGGCUGCAAGGUUGCAAGUUUGUGCCUUAAUCCUAACAGUUGCUCAGUAAGGGAGGUAAUGCUCUCUUGUCACCCUAGCUAUGUUACAUGGCCUUAGGUGGCCUAGACUAGGGAUUCUUGAAACCAUCAAAUAAAUAAUAAAAAAAGGAUAAAAUGUUAGGUAAAACUUUAGACAUAAACUGGCUAUUGUUAAGCUAAACACAUGAAAAUAUACUUAUGUACAUGCCCGUUAUCCCUUGCCAUGACCAUUUCAUGUCAUCACUCACAUUAUGAUGGGUCACGGCAAAUUUAACAAUAAAAAAAACUACUUUGAUGGCAUUUGUUCAAGAGGGGAUCAGUAAUUGUGAGACUAGAAGGAAGAUAGGAAGAUCAGAAGCAGCUAUUGUACGAGUGGAGAAGGCUGCACUAGUGCUUGGAACAUCUGUCACUCCCAAGAAAAAGAAAGACUCUGGGUUAAAAAGGAAGACAGUACAAGAAUGGUAAGUUGAUAAGACUUAAAAAAGGAAGACAGUACAAGAAUGGUAAGUUGAUAAGACUUAUGCUUAGUAAAAAUUGAGUCACUGCUCUUUCUCUUGGUCAGAAGAGGCUUGUGAACUGUAAUGCAACAGAGAGUGACAGUUAUUCCUAGCACUAGUGCAGCCUUCACCACCCUUGUGAUGGUUUCUUCUGAUCUUACCAUCUUCCCUUCAGUAACACAGUUGCUGACCCCUUCUCAAACAAACACCAUCACAACACUCUUUUCUUUAUUGUUAAGCUUGCCAGGACCCAUAAUAAUGCAAGGAGAAUUAAAUGUGAGGGAUAAAAUGAGAAGGUUGCGGCUGGGGAAAAUGGUCAGGAGAGCAUGGAAGAGACGUCUCCCAGCACUGUCCCUGAUUCAAAGAAGCUGAGCAUAGCAUCUUCAGCGCAUGUGAGUUGCCAUAUAUGACAAUUUACCACUUUUGAUACCUCCCAUGGCAGAACUUCCCACAGUAGAAAAUAGAGCAGCAAAACUUUAGUUUGUGGGCAUUGGACAUGCUGUUAUGUUUAUACUGUUGAUUUAUUUAUUUAUUUUUUGUGGUGAAAUCUUCCCACUACUGGAAUUUUCCAUUUGAACUUCCAGAUUUUUUAAAUUUUGCAUAAAGAAUUCUCAACUGUAACAGCUGAUGUUGUUAAAGUGAGACCAACACUAUUUUUAAUUUCAGUAAUGCUUUGCCAUGUAGAACUAGUGAAUAGUAUAACUUGCUGCCUUUGUUCCACUGAUUAUGAUAUUUUCUUUCUUUUAACUUGAUAGAAUUAAUCUAAGGCAUUGUCUCAAUUUUUUUCAUAUUUUUUUUUAGCAUGUUACUGUUACAGAUAACACAUUUGUCACAUGUUCUUUUAUUAUGCCUUUUUCUUCCAGUACCUCUACAAUUUCCUAGGUUUUCUUUCAUAUAUAACAAGUGGUAUGUAUGCCCUAAAAGAAUCCCCAAUAUAGAGUAGUCAACAUCAUUAUAAUUAUGAUCAUUAUCAUUGUCAUAUUGUAAGACAAAUUUCAUGUAUACCUUUGUGAUCUUAUGGCAAUUUACCAAGCUGCAUAUUCAUUUGUUAUACUUAACAUCAAGUGAGUGCCAACAUUAAAUGUAAAAAGACACUUUCGUCAUAUUGUAAGACAAAUUUCAUGUAUACCUUUGUGAUCUUAUGGCAAUUUACCAAGCUGCAUACUUAUUUAUUAUACUUAACAUCAAGUGAGUGCCAACAUUGAAUGUAAAAAGACACUUUUAUCCUAUCUGGUGCCAGCUUUAAGCAUCAAAGCAUGCUUUAAAGGGACCAAACAUUUGUAGAGGGUGAAUUUUGGUCAGGAAGUACUUAUUCCAACAUGCUCCAUAAAAUAGUUGUACAAGUUUCCCGUUUUCAGUAAAAGGUUGAAAGCCAUAUGGUAAUAUUUGCCCUAUUAUAAUAAUUAUUAUAUAUAAUUAAUCUUAAGUACACCCCUCUUUAAAAAUCUUAAUUUCUUUUCUCUAUAAUUUUGCCAGUUUUGACCGAUUUUUAUUAUUUUUUUUUAUUUCUUAUGUCACGUGUAUAUAUGUAUUUAAUUAGUCACCCCUUUCUUAUAGGCCUACGCGCCACUUUCUAAUAGACAAUACCCUCCUGGCCAGACACGUGAGACAUCUAUAAUAUUAAUAAUAUCUUAUUUGAUGCAGUCCUAUUUUAAGCUAGACGUAUAUCUCAAAUUAAUCCUUAUUAUUUUACCUUGUAUAUAUUGUGAAAAUGUAUCUAUAUAUUGUUAAGUUAGUAGUUUAAGUUAGCUAGCUAGGUUAUGAGUCGUUAAGGCAAGAGCAGCCGAGACUAUCCCCACUCCCACGGAAGAGUCAACUAUUUUACAUUACUUGUUUGCUAUUCCCAUACCUAGUUAUAUGUCACUUCACUUCUUGUGACCUUAAAACGAUUGUAACAUCAUCCUUGGUUCUAUAGUAUUUAUAUAUAUGUAAUAAUAUUCUCCCCUUGUACUGCAUUGAGUUCUCGACUACUCUGGCCGGGAUUAAACUGGGUCACGUGGGGUGGCCGCCGACCCGGGAAAGGCCGCGGCUGGGCGCUUGCUCUCUCUCUCUCACUCGCUGCGGCCUGGGCAGGACGUUCCUCUCUCAUCCUCCCUGUGCUUGCCGAGAGAGCCGCUUUGGUAACCACGUGGUUAAUAGUGAUAGUCAGGAAGGUGGGUUUGUGUUCUUGACGAAUUCCUCCUCUUAGGACAUCCUUCAAUUGUGUUAAUUGUGUUGUGUUAUCUGUGUGUCUUUUACCCUGAAUAGACGGUGUUGCUUAAGCU